UCCCUGGGCUGCACGGUUGGACAUUCCCCAAUCGUCUCUGGUCGCGAUAGCACGUGCGCUCACGGCCUUACUCGCCUCAGCCUGUCUUAGACUCGGCCGUUAAGCCGUGCCGCUUAAGCAGCGGCAACUGUUUGGUGUUAAAGCCUCGGAACCUGUCCGCGUGACGGUCUCCAGCUCCAGAGCACAGCGUACGUAAAAGAAGGCAAAAACCAGUGUUUCGUUGCAACAGUACCCAGCGCCCCAAGGCAGCGCCCAACCACUGGGCACUGUGAGUGAAUUGAGUUGUUUCUGGUUUUUUUUUUGUGAAAACGGGACGUGGACGUCACCGUCAUCUGAGGUACGCCCGGAAACCCGGGGAAAGGUUUCCAGCGUGGUUUGUCGGGUGCAGUGUUGCGACAAACGCUUCGGUUUCCCAAACGGUUCGCUCCAGUGUUGCAGCAGCCAAGCCAAGGCAAAGGGACUUGGACUGUUUGCUGGGAAUUCAGGUCAGAGGACACGAGAGCGGAGGUUCCUCUAGUUUUUUUUGAAUAUCUCCAACCGCUUGGAGAAGGUGUAGGUCGGGAGCGCAUGAUCAGUGAUCAGUGAGUGGUUUGUUGGGUGUGCUUAGUUUCGGUGUUCAAAAAUUCCACCAAGUGUCCAGUAUAGGCAGAGCAAGUUAGCGCUGCUCUGUUAGCUGCUCUGGUAGCUGUUACUCAUCGGACGGUCCAAGCGGUCGCGACGCAGUGUACGACCCUCUCAAGCUGUUGCCGAACGUCCAAUCAAUCCGCCAUUCAACCGAUCAUCAAAUAUCACACGCACCGGGAGUCUCCGUGAUACAGCAGGACAUCAGGGUCACUGGUGCACCUCUGCAGCCAGCUUUCCACAGCUCAACCCAACAACAGUUCUCGGACGGCUCCAACCAUGUGGAGCACGGGUAGGGGUCCUAGCAACAUGUGGGCCCAUCGAAUUGUACUGAUUGCACUAUGCUACCUGAUCCAAUUAGCGGCACCAACGAACGAAAUAUGGCCGGUCGAGCGCCCAGAUGGUAUGCCCUCGAUAACGGCGCUGGAGGUAAUGUGCGGCAAGGACCACAUGGACGUUCAUCUGUCAUUCUCGGCACCGUUCGAGGGGAUCGUAAGCUCAAAAGGUCAGCAUAGCGAUCCACGAUGCAUCUAUGUGCCUCCGUCCACCGGGAAAACGUUCUUCACCUUCCGCAUCUCGUACUCGCGGUGCGGCACCAAACCCGACCUGAACGGCCAGUUCUACGAGAACACGGUUGUGGUCCAGUACGACAAGGAUCUGCUGGAGGUGUGGGACGAGGCGAAGCGGUUGCGCUGCGAAUGGUUCAACGACUACGAGAAGACGGCUUCCAAGCCGCCGAUGGUGAUUGCCGACCUGGACGUUAUUCAGCUAGACUUCCGAGGAGAUAACGUGGACUGCUGGAUGGAGAUACAGCAGGGUAAGGGCCCUUGGGCACCGGCGGUCAGUGGUAUCGUGCCGCUCGGCUCCACCAUGACGCUCGUCGUGGCGAUCAACGAUUUCCGCGGCGAGUUCGACAUGCGGGUAAAGUCGUGCGUCGCCUCGGACGGGGCCGGCCACGUGAUCAAGCUGUCGGACGAGUAUGGAUGCGUACUGCGACCGAAGAUGAUUUCCCGCUUCCUGAAGGCGCGUGCCCCAGACGAUAAGGCAUCAGUCAUUACGUACGCGUUCUUCCAUGCGUUCAAGUUCCCGGACGCGCUCAGCGUGCACAUCAAGUGUAAGGUGGAAAUUUGCCGUCACGGUUGUUUGGAUCACUGCCAGCACAGCGGGGCUCCGGUUGGGGCCGGUCCGGCGGGCGUCCCGGGCAGCGCCGCGAAGCAGCACGAUCUGCUGGAGCGCAAGGACACGCUGGUGAACCAGAACAGCAACGACAUACUGGCGGGCGAUUCGGUGGAAGACCUAGACUCGGGCAUGAACGGCCAGGACGUGUACUACGACGAUAUCAUCCACACGGAGAAGCAUCUGAACCAAUACAAGAAGCCGAUGCCGAACCAGCCGGCAAAGAAGAAGGACAGCUACCUGCAGUACCAUCACCACAACCGGGAACCGAUGGACGAUAUCGAGUCACUGUUCCUGAGCGACCAUUCCGCACUGUCCGCUGACAUGAUGAAGAAGCAAUCGCAGGGUCCACCGGGGCCACCGGGCGUUGGCGGCGGUAUGCCGGGCAUGCCCGGCAUGGGCCUAGGACCAGGCAAGUAUCCGCCACAGCCGCUGCAACAGCAGCAGCACCAGAUGCAGCAGAAACCGAUGCCCGGUCCGGGCACGCCGAUGGAUGACGACAAGUUCCCGCACGGGCCGCGCCAGAUGGAUGCGGAGAAGCGGAUGGGGCUGCCGGCCGUCGCUGGGCCGCGCGCGCUCAACCUGGACGCGGACGAUGUGCAGAACCAAAGCUACAACCAGGCGGGCGUGCGGUUGCGCCAGCGGCGCUCGGUGCGCGUCACCGACCGGAAGGCCCGUUCGGCCGACAUCGGCGUGAGCGGCAUCUACGACGUCAUCUCGGAGGCGGACCUGGCGUUCAACCCGGACAGCAAGCAGGAGGCGGUCACCGUGUUCCAGGGCAAGAUUACGGAGGAGGUCGUGUACGGCAUCUGCAUGCCGGUGCCCGGGUUCAGCAUUCUCUUCAUCCUCGUCAUCUCGGCGACGAUCAUCUCCGCCCUGAUUGCCGGCUCGCUGCUGUACAGAUAUCAGCUGCAGAAGGAGAUGAUCGCGAACCGGUCGCAGACGCACAACGCACCGAUGAACUCGAUCGCCACGUGGAUGACGCUGCGUCUGUUCCGGUCGCGGCACAACGGCCCGGUGGUUGGUGGAGCUGCUGUGCGCCCGAUGGACCUGAACGCCAGCAGCCAGUGAGCGGAGUCGCCUGUGCAGCAAGCACAGGCACAUACCCAACACAGUCCUUAGUCUCUCUAUAUGCUAGCAGCAGCACACACACACACACA